AUGAAAGUGGGAAGCUGUGAUGCAAACUAUGAUGAUAGUGACUCAAAGAUCAGUGCCUUUUGUAGUUUCAAGAAGUAUAUUAUGCAAUCUUAUUAUGCAAAAUAUGAAAACUUGUUAGAUUCAGAUUUCCAAGAUUUUAUAGGACAAGAACUUCCUUUUGGUAUGUGUGAGGUGCUUCCCCAUGAUCUGAGUCUUGUGCUAAAACUCUCAAUUUUGCAUUGGAAUCUGAUAGGCCAUGGUUCUCAUCGUCAUCUCACUUCAUCCAUCAGAGUUAAUAUCAAACCAGAGUCCAUAUCUGAGUUACCAACUCACCAUUGUGAGGUCAUAAUCAUUGAGAGACUGCCAUCUGGGGUAUUUGCAGAUCCAUUUGAGCUUCAACAUCUCCUUCAGCGUGGUGUAUAUAGCAAUAUCGCUGUAUUUGGAGAUACCAAUUUAGAGUCUCCUUCAUUUCUUUCCAAUCGUUCUGCUGUCGAAGUUCACAUGGAUAUUGGUCAUAAUCUCUUUCUGAGACAUGCUGAAGAGUUUAACAUCAACGUAGAGAUUCCAUUACAUGCACGAUAUCCACCUCUUAAUGAAAACGGCUAUUGGGAAGUCAAGUUUGGUGUACCUGAUUUGUUCAUGCGUUGCAGUGUUGAGGGAAAGUCACAUGAUGAAAGCUGUUUAUAUAAGGUGUCAGAGAUUACUGGUUCUAAAUUAACAUAUGGUACAGUUGUCUGGAAAAUACCUUCUGGGAUGAAGACAUCAACUCGAGCAAACAUUUGA